AUGUCUCGUGCGGUCGAGGAAGUAAAGGUCAAAGUAGAUGUUGCCGAAGAAGUCGAUUCAAAUCUUUAUAAUGGAAGAAGAUUAAGAAAUGACGUUGUUGAAGAUAUUCCAAAACCAACGCCAAUGAGAAAAACUUUCAACGAACUACUUAAAAGGGAUUUGACUGUACCCAAUUUAAAAUCUGUAAAAAAAUUUCCAAAAGCUAAGGAAGAUGCCACGGAAUCUAAAGUCGAGAAAAGUCAAUCUAUUUUAGAAAAAUUAAGAGCGGCAGCCAAAAAAAAAAGAAGACCAAUAAAGGCGUGUACCUGCGAACAUGGAAAAGAAAUUACAUUUGUAAUUAAAGGUGUUUGCCUUUGCGACAACAAACACUUGAAAAAUUUUGAAACCGAUAAAUCGUGCGGUGAAUAUUGUAAAUCGAGAAUAAGCAGAAUGCAAACACGUUCGGACCAUAAAGGGGAUAUGAAAGUAAGGGAUUCAAUUGAAUUGUAUAAGACUAAAAAAACCGAAUCUGGUACUAAUGUUCCGGAUUUAUCUGAAAAAAGUCUUCAAAAAAAAGUCACUUUUGUAGACGGUCCUCUAGAGAAAAAUGGGAGUAAAGAUACAAUAAAGAAACAAAAAUGUUUUCCAAUUAAUUACGAUUACGACAAAGAUAAUCCUCCUACCGUCAAAACAAGUGCUCCAAAAAACCAACAAGAAAAGGAGAAUAAAACUGGGGGUGAUGUAACCCGUAAAGAUGGUGAUGGAGCCGGUAAAAGUGGUGAGGUAACCCGUAAAGGUGGUGAUGGAGCCGGUAAAAGUGGUGAGGUAACCCGUAAAGGUGGUGAUGGACCCGGUAAAAGUGGUGAGAUAACCCGUAAAGGUGGUGAUGGAGCCGGUAAAAGUGGUGAGAUAACCCAUGUAGGUGGUGAUAGAGCCGGUAAAAGUGGUGAAGUAGCCCGUAAAGGUGGUGACAAAGCCGAUAAAAGUGGUGGUAAAGCUGCAGGUAAAGGUGAUGACGAAGCCGAAUCGAAAUUCAUCGGAUAUUGGAUUAACAGAUGA